AAGCGUACCACACCGUCGUCUUAUAUAGUUAAGCAUUAAGCAUUCGAAAUUCGUCGUCGCGUUCGCUCUUUUUUCCAAACGAGUUGUAUUUUUCCUUUUUUUUUUUUUUUUUUUUUUGAUAAAAUUUUCAUUCUUACCACCGUCGUAGUUUGGAAUUUUCGACUAAAUUGUGCGUGAUUACGUUUACCCGCCAAGAUGGUAGCUUUGCAAGAUUUGGAUAAAGAACAAGUUUCAAUUUUAAAACGGGCUUUUGAUGCAUUCGCUCAAGAUAAAGGCUACAUCGAACAGCACAUGGUGGGUACGAUAUUGCAAAUGCUCGGUCACGAAGUCUCCGAACAAAGAUUACAAGAAAUUGUAGCCGAAGUUGACGCGGACGGAUCCGGUGAGUUGGAAUUUGAAGAAUUUGUUACGUUAGCGGCAGGCUUCUUAGUCGAAGACGAAGUGGAAGAUGCGGCCGCAAUGCAAGAAGAAUUGAAGGAAGCAUUCAGACUGUACGAUAAAGAAGGUAACGGUUACAUAACCACAGAUGUAUUACGAGAGAUUUUAAAAGAACUCGACGAUAAAAUAACAACCGAAGAUUUAGAUUUAAUGAUUCAAGAGAUCGAUUCAGAUGGUUCGGGAACGGUGGAUUUCAACGAAUUCAUGGAAGUAAUGACAGGAGGCGAUGACUAGUAAACGAGGAUACGCUGACGCAGAAUACACGUACUGCUCGUAUAGCGAAUGUAAAUAAUUAGUAAAUGAAAACCAUCUAUCGCCGCAGCAGCGUUUUAGAAUAAUUCAAUUUUACCGACCAAUUAACUAAUAGAAAAAUUAGUUGAUAGUUAAACGUAGGUAAUCGUGCCGGACCGACGUGUUGGUUUACUAUUUAGGGCGACAACACUACCGCAAAUUACCUUUACGGUUUACACAAUAUUCCUAGCUAUCGCUAGUGAAUGUCAAGUAACGAUAUACAGUGUUGUGUAUUGGUGUGAAAUUAUGAACGAGUAUUAUCUGUAUUCGCGAUUAGUCGACAGUUUGACACGCCACGUUUCACCUUUGACACACCAAUGAUGUCAUUUUAUCGCGUCUUUUUCGGUGGGUCAUCGAAUCGGUACCGACAACAGGAAUAUUAUAUCGGACAAAUAACACUAACCUAGUGUGACUCGUUGACAGAAAUCAUAAUUUUUUCCAUAGGUGUUAGAUAAUCGUAAUAACUAAUCAAACUGAUACGAAUAAAAUUCUUAUCCUA